UUUAUUAACUUCACAUUUAUAAAUUGGACCUUUGCUUUUCAAUAAAGCUCCCUCCAUAUUUUUCCAAACCUUCAAACCAAGCAAACUGCCAAUGUUUCUCUCAUUCAGUAACUCUCUCAUCUCUCUCUUCUUCUUCAUCUUCAUCCUCGGCUUGCCGCCAUGCAUUCCCGCCAGAAAAACACCCGGUUUCCCUUUGAAUAGUCAUGUUACUUUACAAAGCUAUAACAGCAAAAGCUUUCUUGACGCUUCAAUAGGCAGCCAAGUAAUCGGCAUAUCGGAAAUCAAAAAACACUUGCAUCGUUUCGGUUACUUCCAUUUUCGAGACGAUACUUUCACUGAUAACGUUUUCGAUGCCCGGUUCCAAUCGGCUCUCACACUCUACCAAGAAAAACUCGGCCUCCCCAUUACCGGUAAGCUCGAUAUCGCCACCGUUUCUCAAAUACUCACCCCGAGAUGCGGCGUGCCCGAUAUCCACCACAACAAGCUGCAUGGGACAAAACAUUACGUGUAUUUCCCCGGAAAACCUCGGUGGUCUCGCCAAAUGCCGAUGAUGCUCACCUACGCGUUCUCGCCGGAGUACAUGAUCCACAACUUGACCAUAUCGGAGAUAAGGGUCGCAUUUAAACACGCAUUUCGGAAAUGGGCUUCGGUCAUUCCCGUGAGUUUCACUGAAACUGAUGAUUAUGGCUUCGCCGACAUAAAAAUAGGGUUCUACAAUGGCGACCAUGGCGACGGAGAGCCAUUUGAUGGGGUUCUCGGGAUUUUAGCACACUCAUUUUCGCCUGAAAGUGGUAGGUUUCACCUUGAUGCGGCGGAGACAUGGGCGGUGGAUUUUGAGAAGGAGAAAUCGAAUGUGGCGAUGGAUUUGGAAUCGGUGGCGACCCAUGAGAUUGGCCAUUUGUUAGGGUUGGGACAUAGCUCGGUUACAGAGGCUGUAAUGUACCCUAGUUUAAUGCCUAGGGAUCAGAAGUUGGAAUUGACAAUGGAUGAUAUAGAAGGAGUGCAAGCUUUGUAUGGAUCAAACCCUAAUUUUAGGUUUAGUUCUAUGUUAGAGUCUGAUAUUUCUACAAACCAUGGUGUUGGUUUGAGAAAUACUAGGUCAUAUAAUGAGUGGGUUACUUUGUUUUUGAUUCUUUGUUUGUGCAUGUAAUUUUGCAUGAACACUGUUUUUCUUUUUUGUUUUUUUUUGGGGGUGUUGUGGAGGAAAAUUCCUGUGGGGUAGGAAACAGGGUACAGAAGAUAAGGACUAAUAUUGGGGCUCUUCAAGUUCAGAUAGGAAACAAAGAGGUAGUCACAAAGCCCAAAUCUAUGGGGGUGCUUAUAAUGACUGCCCUUUAACUAUAGCUUUGAAGUUUGAAAUAGUUUUAGGGUUCAUGAUUUGAUGAGUUCAAUUCUGUGAGAUUACAAUAUUCUUUCUUUAAUUUGAAUUCUUGCUUGCACACA